AGUAUCAUCAACUUUUAAUUUCACUCAGAAUAUAAUAAUAUAUAAAUAUUUAUAAGUAUUUAAUUACACUUAGAAUUAUUUGCACUCACUUUUCUGAAACUGCAAUGAUUACUAUUGAAAAAUGCACCCUAACUCUGAGUAACUCAUACCACCUUUAAUUUUUGUUUAUUUAUAAAAAAACAGGUACUGAGUUUCUUGAACAUGGUUAAAAAAAUAAUAAAAAAAAAAGUAAAAAAAUUGGGAGAUAACCCUAGUAAAAAAAAACUCUAAAAUUCUUCCUUAAAAAAAAUUCACAAAAUAUAAUAGAGAGUAAAAUAAACAAGUGUUAGAAUCAUCUAGUAAACUGGUAAAUCAGUUGUUUUAUUUUAAUCGAAGGUUGUUUUAGGUCAAACUAGAAAUACCGAGAUUUUCUCCUAAUUGAAGUCUAAUUCAAUUUAAAUCCGGAUUAGUCGAAACCUCUUUAUAUUAUUAUUGGGUGACUUGCUAUGUAAAAAUAGAGAAACUUUAUAAAACACAUUCAUUCAUUCAUUUUCUCUCUCUUUCUUAAAAUCAAACUUCUCCAUAACUUUUCACCCAAGCAAUAUAUAUCCUCUGAUCCCUCAGUCUUUCUACAAACCUCUUUUGUCCCUUCCUUUUUUCUACAACUCCCUCUCUCUCUAACACAAACUUCUCUCUAAAAUAAAACCCUCUACUCCAAACAAAAAUAACUACAAAUUCUUGUUAAAACUCUUCCAAAUUUAUUCCCAAACAUUCAUAAAAUGGAAUCACAACAACAAGAUGAGAUGAACAUGAACUUAAACUGUGGGAAAAUGACUAAUAAUAACAUUACUAAUACCAGCAACAACUACCUUUGUAGGCAAAGUAGCACAAGAUGGACACCAACAACAGAGCAAAUUAAGCUUCUUAAGGAGCUUUACUACAUCAACGGAGUUCGGUCUCCAACUGCUGAUCAGAUUCAGAGCAUUUGUGCUCGGCUAAGGCGGUAUGGCAAGAUCGAAGGCAAGAACGUCUUCUACUGGUUUCAGAAUCAUAAGGCUAGGGAGAGACAGAAGAAGAGGCUUACUCCUACCUCCCCUACUACUAAUAACCCUACUAAUAAUACUAUUACUACUAAUAAUAGUAAUAAUGUUGGUAGAAAUAAUAAUUUCGUCAGAAAUGGUGGUCUUACUUGGAAACAAGAUCAUCAGGAUAUCACUCUUCAUGCUAAUAAGUACCCUUGCACUAUUAACAAUCCUGGGGUUUCGUGUUCGAGUUCAUCAAAUGGACAAGAAAUUCCUGGUGGAGGACAGUUGAUGGGGGGUUUUGGGUAUGGAGCUGUUAACAUGGAGAAUAAGUUUAGGGACUGUUCAAUAUCAGGAGGUAUUUUUAAUGGAGGAAAUCAUGUGAACCAGUGGACUGCAGUUGGAGCUAAUUACAGUCCAUAUGCACCAGCAUCUUACGCAAAUUUACUGGACAAGAUAUCAACCAUCGACGAAGAUCCUUACAUUGACCAAGAUCAUUAUGGGUCAGAAACACCAGAGAUAGAGACCCUUCCUCUCUUCCCUAUGCACAAUGAAGAGCUUGAUCACGACCACGACCACAACCACGGCUUCUAUACCAUUAAGCCUCCAUCAGACGGCGGGUAUUACACCGGUGGAUACCGAUGGUCUAAUGGUAGCGGUGGCAAUACUUCCCUUGAGCUUAGCCUCAACUCCUACGGUUAUGGCUAUUAUUCACCAAAUAUCUAAUUUGUAGUAUGAUGACUACUCUAAGAAGAGUAUAGUACGUCCUUGACUGUCUAAUCUUAAUUAGUUAUUAAUUAUUGUAAGUUUUAGUUAGUAAGUUAAUUAGUUAGUCUAACGCUAACCAUCAUAAUCACUAAAUCAUUGUCAUAUACUAGUAAGCUAAGAGUUUAGCUAGGUAGUGGUCUUUAGUUAUGAGGGUAUAUGUACGUUUUCCUUGUAAUGUUACCCUUUCAAACAAGACCCUAGUAUUCUUAUAACUUAUGAUUAAGGCCGCGUAAUUAGGAUGUACUUAAAUUUCUAAUCAUAUCCA